AUGUGUGUAGCAGACUAUUUAUCAAACUUUGUUGUUUUUGUAGGUAUCGUGUUCUUCCCGUUGUUAAGCAAAGACUUUGUCGAAGGCCUUCUCCAGGACUUGGAGGUCAUCAGUUUGCUGGAUACGGGCGUUAUCAUCCUUGCAGUCUGCGGCGGUGUAGUUGCUUCUGGCAGUUCCGGUUGCGGUAACAUCAUUCGCUUCUCUCUGGAGACCUUCCGUACAGUCUUACGACGCAUUGGCUUUAUUGAUACUGUAGCACCGGUAAUCCUCACUCCGGUAUCAGCAACACGUGUGCCGGUACUAAAUCCAUCGGCGCUUGAAGCCGACUUAACAGAUGAUUGGCCGACUAUCAUCAUAUCAGAACUUGCGGGCCCAGUUUGUGAGGUCAUGUGA